ACACGCGGAAGUUCCGCCAAAAGCGACUUCGUUUUCAAACAUGUACAAGCAUCAAUGCUGCUGGGCGAUUUCUAUUCAGUGUGAUUGAUCCAGUUCACAGGGGGAAAGGACAGAGUGGAGAUCGUUAUGAAUUGGAACCGUUUGCAAAAAAAACCCCGACCGUUUUGCUAUUAAGGAUCCAUUCUUCAGGAUGGAAAAUGGGGUGGCAUCCACCAAAGGACCGGGGUUCCUCUCCAGGAUGGCCCUCAAUGACAACAAGGCUGGUAUGCAGGGUGUUGACAGGGACAAGAUCAACAAAAUCAUCAUGGAGUCGUCCAAGGGAUCUAGGUUUUAUGAGAAUGAGUUGAAGAAAGAGCAGCAGGUGAACCACCGCAUUGAGAAAAUGAUGCUACAAAAGGCACACAUCACAGAAAAACAGUUACAGAAAGCACACGCUCAAGUGGAGUGGAUGGCCACUGAGCUCGAAAGGAGUCGGGAUCUCAGCCGUGCGAUUGUUCAUGUGGACAUGGAUGCUUUCUACGCUGCCGUGGAGAUGAGAGACUGCCCUGAGCUGAAAGACAAGCCCAUGGCUGUAGGAUCCAUGAGCAUGCUGUCAACAUCUAACUACCAUGCCAGGAAGUACGGAGUUCGAGCUGCUAUGCCCGGGUUCAUCGCAAAGAAACUCUGCCCAAACUUAGUCAUUGUGCCAACUAACUUUGAUAAAUACAGAGCUGUGAGUGAUGAGAUCCGGGAGAUCUUUGCAGACUAUGACCCUCACUUCCAGCCGAUGAGCCUUGAUGAAGCCUAUCUGGAUUUUACACACCACGUGGAACAGAGACAGAGCUGGCCAGAAUCCAAACGUACACAUCACUUCCACGCCAGCAGUGCCGCUAAAGGUGGAGAGCAGAUGGAGCUUCCCACGGUGGUGGUGCCAGAGGAAAAUGACCUCUCUCCACUCCUGUUUGAGGACAGCCCGAGCACCUCUCCCUGCGUGUUGGUCUCCGAUGGUGUCGGUGCUGCUGGAGGUGCCUUUGAGGUGUUUGGUACUUCUCUUGAAGAAGCUGUGAGAGAGAUGCGCUUCCGCAUCGAGCAGAAGACCACGCUAACAGCCAGCGCAGGAAUCGCUCCAAACACAAUGCUUGCCAAGGUGUGCAGCGACAAAAACAAGCCCAACGGCCAAUACAGACUCCCCUCCACACGAGAGGCCGUCAUGGACUUUGUCCAAAAUCUUCCAGUCCGCAAAGUGUCUGGCAUCGGGAAAGUGAGCGAAAAGAUGCUGAACGCUCUCGGCAUAAGCAGCUGUUCUCAUCUUGGCCAGCAGAUGGCGUUGCUGUCGUUGUUGUUCUCGGAGACCGCCUGGCAUCACCUCAUGCAGGUUUCCUUGGGUCUGGGCUCCACGUGUAUAUCUAGGAAUGAAGAAAGGAAAAGCAUGAGCACGGAAAGGACAUUCAAAGAACUGAGUAAUGUUGAGGAGCAGUUGUCUUUUUGUAGGGAGCUCUGUGAAGACUUAGCAGAGGACAUGAAGAAAGAAGGUCUAAAGGGUAAAACGGUAACACUGAAGCUUAAGAACGUGAACUUUGAGGUGAAAUCCAGGGCGCUGACGCUGUCGUAUGCUGUUGCUACGGUGGAUGAGAUUUUUGCUGUUGCUAAGGACUUACUGAAAACGGAAAUCGACUAUGAAAGCCCCCAGCCGCUCAGAUUGAGACUCAUGGGUGUGAGAAUCUCCGCUUUUGUCAGUACAGAUGAAAAAAAGCCCCUUCAGAGAAGCAUCAUCGGCUUUCUAAAACAAGACAAGACGGACCUCAGCGGCCCUUCCCACGGCACGGAUGAAAAGCUUGAGAAAAACAACCUCCCGAGUCCCUCCUUCCAAACCGGGCCCCCCGCCUGUCUUCCCCUCGUGCAGACGUGCCGGAGACCAGAGGAAGUGCCCUGCGGGAUUAAGCAGGGGGGUCAGACUACCGAGGAACCCAAACAGUCUUUCUUUCAAAGGGCACAUGCCAAACGACUGGAACUCCAGGCGGCGCAUGCAAGCACCCAAAAGGAAGUAGGUGGGGAGAAUGGUUCUGCGGUUGCUUCCACAGACCUUCCACCGACCCACGCGGCCCCAGGUGUGUCAGAAAAUGACUUUGUUCCCCCCGUAGAGGCCCGCGCAUCCACAUCACGCUGUGGUGGCACUGAGUCGGAGAGCCUCACCUGUCCGGUGUGUUUCAGGCAAGUGGAGACCACCGACUUGAAUGCCUUCAACAGGCAUAUAGACCGGUGUCUCGGUGACGCCUCUAGAAAGCCCGGCGCGCGCACGGUUUCUGACACGGAGUCAGACCUGGACGUCGAGAGCGGCCAGAAAGAAUCGGCACCGUGCGAGUCGAACGGAGUCGACCCCCAAGAAGACCAACGCGGCUUGGAAAACGAUUCGCUCCGAACGGCGUUGCCGAUCCGCGGCGACAAUGGAGCGGAAACCUCGCGUCUGCCUCGGCCACACAGUGAUAAAGGCCCCGUCCUCGUCUGCCCAGUGUGUCAGCUGACCCAGGAUAGUGAUGACCUCACUAUCUUCAACCACCACGUUGACCUCUGCCUGAACCAGGAGGUCCUGCAUGAGCUGGAGGGGCGGACAUCAUCUCCCAUAAAUCCCCCCUCAGUUAUAAAUAGCAAGGCCAUAGCCAGAAGCGGUCUCCUGCCGAUAAAAGCAAGCAAAGGCAAAAGCAAAAGACGAGAUUCGCCUUCCUCGCCUCCUUCUAAAAAGGCUAAAUGCCGCGGCUUUCACAACACCAUCGACAAGUUCUUCAGGUGACGAUCAUAAACGUCCGUUGUCGUCUUGAGGAACGCCGAAAGUUUUCUUCAGGAAAUGCAAAACCCUUUUGUCCUCCCUGCUCCACUGAGCACUUUAUCAUUGCACACAAAGUCAUAUAAAACGUUUCUCCUCAAUCUGUAAUCUAUACAUUGGCACCAAUAUAUUAUUAGUAUUUUUUUUAUGGCAGACACCAGAUGUAAAAUAAAAGAUGAUAAAAGAACACGUAUGGAAAUAUGUUUGCCAGUUUUAUUUUUUGUUUAUUUAAUUCAUCAUCAUUCCUGUUUACUUACUGAAGAUAAGCGCAAUGUUUUCAUUUUACUGGACCACAGAGGUGCCUGUGUGAGUUUUUAAAUGUAUCUUCAUGAAGUUAUUGUAUUCAGAUAUUUGCCAUAUUUUACAGUUGUAUUUAUUGUAUUGUCCAAUGAUAACACUGUGUAUCUUUAAUCAUGAAGAUAAGAGAAUCCUUCUAUCCUGUAAAUCAAAGCUAUAUACAAAAUAAAUUACUUUUCUGAUGGGUUAUUUUAA